UUUUAUUCUUGGAACGAUAUUUCUCUGAAGGCGAAGGUGAAGGUUUCCGUGACAUUUAUUAAGGGCGAAUUGCCGCUGGCCGUUCUUGAAAAGAAAGAAAAAGUUCGUGAUCAUUUUUUUUUCUAGCCUUCCUGAGCGCGUUAACAGAACCAAGAUACGCAGCUUAUCGGCGUAUUUACUAAAGCUUCAGCAUUUCUUGAUAAACUCGUACGCGAGGCCGAUCUGUUGCAUAGCAAUCAGUUUCACAUUGUUCAAGAAGACGGUGUGGCUCUCGCCCGAGAAACGCCCUCCACUUCGUUGGGCAACUCGCGGUCGCUUGGCAUCGUCACGCGCCAAAAGCUUGGACCCGGACUUCUUGUAAGCGCGUGUCGGCGUGGCUGCAGGUCCUACUGGUCCCGUUCGCUGGACGCUGACCCUCGAAGUGUUGUGUGGUGCAGGUGGUCUGUGACGACUGGUUUGGUGCGUGACCUUGUCCGAGCUCGAAACACCGUGUGAACAUGACCGCCACUGGAGCGAAGCACGAGGUGGAUCCACAAGUUUGGUGACCCUGCCGCCCUUGGAACGUUGACCACAUGAGCCUGUGAAGCGAAGAGUUGUGGUGCGCCCUCCAGGGGGCGCCCCCUCAGGUCCCACGACGAACACCCGAAGUUCAUGAGGGGUUGGAUACCCUGGUGGGCCCUCUGGUUGGCCCUGCUGUUCACUGGACCAUGCUCCUGGACAGUCGACAGCCUGGCCCUCUUCGAGAAAUGCAUGCCGGACCUGGGCUGCUUCCACAGCGGUGGUCAUUGGUUCCACCUGCUGUACCGGCCGGUGUCGUUGCUGCCCGACGACCGGCAUCUAGUCAACACAACGUUCCUGCUCUUCACGCGGAGUAACCCCGUGGUCCAGGAGUACCUGCAAUCCGACGUCGAUCAUCUGCAACACAGCACCGUGUUCCGGCCGCGGAGGCCUACCAAGAUCAUCGUACACGGCUUCAUGGACAACAUCCUCGUCGGAAACUGGCUUUUUGAGAUGAAGGACCGCUUCCUGGACACUAUGGACUGUAACGUGAUAGUGGUCGAUUGGCGCGGAGGCAACGUGCUUCCUUACAGCCAAGCCACGGCAAACGGCAGGGUCGUCGGGGCAGAGAUUGCCUUUCUAGUCAAGACCAUUGAGCGGGUGUUGGGAUCAAGCCCGUCUUCCUUCCACUGCGUUGGGCACAGCUUGGGCGCCCAGAUAUGUGGCUACGCCGGCUCAAGACUGCACAAACUUGGUCGAAUCUCAGGAUUGGACCCUGCCGGUCCUUUGUUCUACAGAACGCACCCUGAUGUCCGGCUGGAUCCGAGCGACGCCAACUUCGUUGACGUCAUCCACUCGGACGCCAGCCUGCCGUACUUUCUUAUAGAAGGGUUCGGCGUGGACCAGAUGGUGGGUCAUCUAGACUUCUACCCAAACAACGGCAACAACCAACCAGGCUGCCAGAAGUACAACUUCAGGAAGUUUGUCGACGAAGGCGGUCUCAUUGAAGGCGUCCGCCGGCUGAGCUCGUGCGACCACAUCCGAUCGCUGGACUACUACAUGGAGUCCAUCACGCGCGACAUGCGCUGCCUCCCGGUGGCCGUGUCGUGCGCCUCGUGGGAGGAAUUCGAGGCCGGGCGCUGCUCGCGCUGCGGCGGACAGAACUCGCACUGCGCCGUGAUGGGCUUCUACUCGGACCGCAUGAAGACCAGCGCCAACGGCCAGCGCAUGGGACGGAAGUUGUACCUGAAGACCAACGACGGCCAUCCGUUUUGCCUGCACCAGUACCAGGUGGCCGUUCAGAUGUCCAAGACCCCCAAGCGAGCCGUGUGGGACGCCUUCGGACAGCUCUACCUCAAUCUGAAGGGGAAGUUUCAUGUCAGGCUUGGAAAAAGACCUCAAGACAUUCGUGGAGGGCGUCGGUACACCUACUACGUCACCACGCGGGAAGAAGUGACCGACGCCGGGGAGCUCGGCCUGCAGUGGAACAACCUGGACCCCGAAGUGGACAACCGGCUGUUCGUGCACUCGGUCAAGCUGCGGCCCUUCGACAGCUUCUUCAAGCGAGGCAAGAAGAGUCUGACUCAAACUCUCUACUGCGCUAACAACUCCCACGCUCUGCAACCGGGAGAAGAAAUGUUUCUGCAAGAAACGGACACCUGUCCCGAGUAUUGAUGUAGUUUAGAGCGCAGCUCCAUGAACUGGUGCCGACGAGUUCUUCUUAAGCUGCUCAUUUUCAAUUAAGCUCAUCGUCUGCCUUGAGAAAGAACGAACACUCGUCGCAAAGCAGUGACGUCAUCCGUGCCAUGACAUCUUCAUCGAGAUCAUCUGUGCCAGGAACACUUUGUUUCACCUAUCUGUAGUGUCACCGUUACAAGUGCGCCAUUCUUUUCUUUUUCUCCAGGAAGUGCUUGAGGCGACGAGCAUUUCUGCGGGCCGCAGGACAAUGAUUUAAGCGGCAUUUGUGGACGUGCCUUACGUGUUGAUGUAAAACAUUACACUCAACGCCAUGUCACUGCCAGAUGGGGUUGCUCGUCUUCUCUGUUGGUUCCCAGAAUAAAAGUCAGGGUUGCCUGGUGUCAGUACAAUUCA